ACAAUUGGUUCAAACAGGUACCGACCAGUGAAAUCAUCUUUGUUCAUUAUAUCAUACACGGGUCUUACGUUACGUAAGAAUCAAGAAACGUUUUUGUAAUUAUAAUCGACGCAAAUAAUCUUUUUAUUAACUCUAGUAAAACUGAUAAUACUUUUAUCAAAAUUUCUAUAUACAUUACUGUGUAUCAUUCUGUUAAUUUAUAAAAUAACUAGAUAUUACAUUAAAUGACUAGGGCGUUUCAGAGACAACGAGUUUUAUUAUGCAUUUUAAUUGUCUGUUUUAUGAAAUAACUAGGAAAAGUUCGCUGAAAAAUUGAAAUCUUUACCGGCGAGUGCUAACAGUGCGCAUAUGUCAUCAGUGAAAUAUAAGAAACUUAUAGAGGAAGUAAAAUGUGCUAAAGUUUCUAAACGAAAAAAACCAAAGGAUUUUUGGUUAUUGAAGCACUAUGAUGUAAUUCAAAUCCUAGGAGUUGAUAAAUUAAUUUUUCCUGUCAUAGACCAUGGAAUAAGAUAUUACGUGACUGAAGAUGAAUUGUGUGAAGUGCUGUAUAACACCCAUUGCAAUAUUGGGCAUGCAGGUCGUGAUCGAAUGUUUCACGAACUGAAUAAAUGUUACAAAAACAUUACACAACAGCAAAUUUCUUUGUUUUUGCAAUGUUGUGAUGUAUGUCAGCAAAAGAAGGGCUGUUCAAAAAAAGCAAUAGCGAAACCAAUGAGGUGUAAUCAAUUUAAUAGUCGAUGUCAGUUAGAUUUGGUAGAUUUUCAGUCACAGCCCGAUGGUCAAUACAAAUUUUUUUUUGUUUACCAAGACCAUUUGACGAAAUUUAUCUUAUUACGUCCUCUAACCUCGAAAUGCCCCAAGGAGGUAGCUUUUAAUUUGGUCGAUAUUUUUACUACAUUAGGAGCUCCUUGUUUUUUACAGUCACACAAUGAACGGGAAUUUUGCAAUUCCAUAAUUAAUAGUUUAAAAGAGUUGUGGCCAGAAUUGCACAUUGUUUAUGGAAAACCUAAGCAUAGUCAGAGCCGAGGAAGCGUUGAAAGAGUCAAGGAGGACAUUGAAAACAUGCUGAUUACCUGGAUGAAUGAUAAAAAAACUACAAAGUGGAGUGAGGGCUUGCGUUUUGUGCAAUUCAUGAAGAAUGGAACCUAUCAUAAUGGAAUUAAACAGAGUCCAUAUCAAGCUAUGUUUGGUUGUACACCAAAAGUUGGGAUUUCAAAUUGUAGAUUGCCAAAGUCUGUAUUAGAUUCGUUGACCACAGAAGAAGAAUUGGAAAAUUUAAUGCAGAGUUCUGAGAUUGGAAUUUUACAGACUGAAGCCAGUUAUCUUCCCAGUUUAUCUUCAACUGAUGCAUUACUGUAUAAACUUUGUGAUCAAUAUCAGUCUCCCAAAACACAAAGGGAAGAAAACAAUGAAUGCACUGAACAAUGGACGAACAAAAUUAAGCUAGAGUUUGACCCAAACCUCCCUGAUCUUGCCGUUGGUGAUACUGUGCCGGAUGUGGAUAAGGGAAAAACGGAUGCAAGGAGCCUGUGAUUUAGAAAUAACUGAAGAAAAAUUAAAUCAAUUAAGUGCUCAGAAUAAAGCACUAAAGCAAUUACAUAUUAGGUCACGAUUGGCAUUAUGCUACGAAAAACUGCUUGCUCUGGAAGACAUUCCUAAUGAACUGUGAUUCUCUUCGAACUGUAGCAUCAGACCAAGCCUUGGAUAAUGAACAAAGCUUUACGCGCUGUCACUGCACCCAAAAAUGUAAAACAAAAAGAUGCCUUUGUUUAAAAAAAGGGAUACUAUGUAAUUCGAAAUGUCACAAAGGUCAAACGUGUUGUAAUAAGUGACUUUCUACUGAAAAAGUCGAAACGACGACUCAUAAUGCAGUCAUAACAUAAUAACUAUACACCUACCAUUAUUUCAUAUAUCUCGUUAUUUCAUAAGACUGGUUAAGAUAUAUCAUUUUUUAUAUGUUUUUCCUAAAAUGACUAAUUAAUAUUUAAUUGUAAUAUUUAAUUAUUUUAUAAAUUAACUGAAUAUGAUAUUUUAACAGUAAUACACACAUAUUUAAAUUAAAAAAAUAAGAUAGAAAAUAGUUCGAUAAGUUUCAUGCAAUCGAUUUUAUAUACUUUUUAAGCUUAUUUUUGUUUGUAAAUUUAUAAAAAAC